AUGACUGAGUGUGGUUUGAGCCACGUUUAUUGUUGUUGGGUUAGGGUAGGGUCAGUGUUGUUAAUUCAUUGUUUUUCUUCUUCUUCUUCUUCUUCUUCUUCUUCUUCUCUUCAUUCCUGCUCUCCUUCAUCACAAUCAUCAAAACAUGCCAGACUUCAAGAAUCUCAUCUCUCUGAAUGGUUCCAAAAAGGGUAUCAAAUUACAACCUCAUCAACGCCAAACUAA